AAUUGCCGUGUGUGUUGGGUACUCUGAGUAUUAAAUUUUUCCAUAUAUAAGUAAUCUUUUGAUGCAUAAUAAACACUAAAUAACUGCUAAGAGCAUUAAUUGAGUAUUUUCUGUUUUGUAGUGCACACUCUAGCUCUGUUGUUCCUUCGAAACUUGAUCUGUGGUCCUAAGUGCUGUAGUGAAAGUCAACAGCUAUAUAUAAUUUGUUUAUAAGGUCCAAAAAACAACGUAAGAAAGAUAAAGUAACGUAAAAGGUUAUAGAUACGCAUAGUUUUUGUGAGUUAAGACGAAAUGUCAACUGAAGGGUAAGUCCUAAAUAUUUGUUGUUCUUCCUUCAGUUAAUUUUUUUCAAGGAAUAACCUUUUUUUAAUAACUAUUGCGUGUUGUCUCUAGUGCUUCAUGCUCAAGUGAAAUUUCAGUGGACGUAAGCGACGCGUUCCAACGUAUUAUGCUGAACAAGAGAUUCGGAAGCUGGAUUGAAUUAGAUAAUGCGCUAAAGGAUUUCCAUAAAGUAUGAUAGGAUAAAUCUAUGUUUUCUCAGAUGACCCAUACACACUAUGUUCACGCAGAAAGUAGAUUGUUGAAGGAUGUGAGAUAUAAAUACUUGUUCGUAGUGUUUCGUUGCACGUUUGGUCGUAAACGUAAAUCAGGUCUGAAUGUGAAUAAAAAACCGUGAGGACUCUAACUAAUGUUUUAUAUUUAAGGUCUAAGUUUUUAAAUUGCCAAUCGAUGUUUCGUGUAAGAUUGGAGGGUCAGCAAUACGUUAUAAAAUCUUACAAGUCUCACAAUCAUCCGUGUACUAGUUCGUGGAUGGUUUGUGAUCCGUUGAGUAGAAGAUUGUCAUCAGAAGAAAAAGAAAACUUGAAACCAGUUAUAUUGCACUGUCAGUCGACGGAUGAAGUUAUAGAAAGUAUUAAGGAAAGAACAGGUAAGCAGGUGACCGCUGCUGAUGUCAAAAAUAUGAAAGCUGAACUCUCCACUGGUAAGUGUAUAUAAAUAUAUUUCAGGUUGGACUCGGCAGCAGGUAAUGCACAUGAUGCGACAAAACGGUGAAGUUAGAGAGCAUGUAGAAAAUGGAUGUAUUACGGCAAUAUGCUUCAGCAGAGUGAUAGGCCAGUACCUAUCACGUUUCUGGAUGCCACGUAAAACAAUGUGGGCGCGUGUCUUUUACGGCAGUGUUUUAACUUUGGGUAACAACACGAAUAAUCGUGUUGAGUCAUUAAAUAGGCAGAUAAAAAGAUAUGUACGCAAAACCGACAGGUUGCACAAGUGCAUGUACAAGGCUUUGAAGUGGAGUUCAAUGACUUUCUCUAGAAAAAGCAUUGAAGACCAAAUAAUCAGUGGAAGAACAUACAAUUAUGAUGCUCCACAGCGCCUUAUCCCCUUGCUUAACAUGUUGACUCCAUUUGCAAGAUCCAAGGUGUUAUAUGAACUUAAAAAAAUGCGUUUCGUUAACUUCGAAUAUGAAAGCGGCGAGUGGUUGUUUAUGGUUGACCGCGGACAACAUUACGAAGUCGAUGUAAGUAUUUGUCAAUGUAAUUGUAGCACGUUUAAUAUGUGUCGAUAUCCGUGCCGCCAUCUCCUGCUGGCAUAUGUUAAAAGACGAAAUCUAACAGGUAAGCUAUUUAAAUUAUAAAAUAUAAACUGCAUAGCUCAUCAACUUCUUAGGUGUUGCUGCAGAUGGCAAUUAGACAAUAGGUACAACUUACAAAACAACACAGCAAUUUCAUUACGGAGACGGAGUAAAGAAUAUAUACAACUUCAACGGCUCCAAAGAAUGUGCAAACAACUAAUUGUUGAGAAAUAUGGUGAACGCUUCGCGAAUCACGUGGAGAGAAAAGUCUACAAUUUUUACUUAAGAAUUAUAAACAGCUAGACAGCAGGUUUACGAUUAACAGUUCUUUGUGGCUUUAUUUUAUACCACUAUUUAUACAACUUGUAAACUUAUCUUUCCACUUUAGUAGUCAUGAAAAAUCAAUAAACUUUUUCUCAUUUUUU